AGUUCAUUGUUCUUCAUGUAUUCUGAUUGGUUUCAAUUUGAUUUCCUUUUUUUUCUUCUUUUCUCUCUCUCUCUCUUCUUACGCUUCAUUCCUCUGUUUUGUUUUCUUUACAAUCCCCCCCAAAGAUUUAUGCCCUUUAACGUGGGUCCUUCACAAGAUUGAAGGACCCCGCCAUUGUUAAUCACCUUCGGAUUAUAAAAAUAAAAAAGGAUCUUUAGAUUUUUUUAGAUUUUUGAAUCUUUUUUGAAUGAUAAGGAUGAAUUGUUUUCCGUGUUUCACUUCACAAAAGAGCAGAAGCUCUCCUUGUACCAACAACAACAACCAGACUAACGAACACGAUGAACCCGAAUUCAGACCUCCUGUGGCGACGACAAAACGAGUUGAAGAACGAGAAACAGAGCAAUUGCCGGUGAAAACAUUCAAUUUCCGGGAAUUAGCGACGGCGACCAAGAAUUUCCGGCAAGAAUGUCUUCUAGGAGAAGGUGGCUUCGGUAGGGUUUACAAAGGAACCCUUCAAUCUACGGGCCAGUUGGUAGCUGUGAAGCAGUUGGACAAGCAUGGAUUACAUGGUAACAAAGAGUUUCAAGCUGAAGUCUUGUCAUUGGCUAAACUCGAACAUCCCAAUCUUGUUAAGCUUAUAGGAUACUGUGCUGAUGGCGAUCAACGACUUUUAGUCUUUGAAUAUGUCUCUGGAGGUUCCCUUCAAGACCAUCUUUACGAACAAAAGCCAGGCGAGAAGCCAAUGGAUUGGAUAACGAGGAUGAAGAUUGCGUUUGGUGCAGCACAAGGAUUGGAUUACUUGCACGAUAAAGUGAAUCCACCAGUGAUAUACCGAGAUUUGAAAGCCUCUAACAUCUUGUUAGAUGCUGAGUUUUACCCUAAGCUUUGUGACUUUGGUAUGCAUAACCUAGAGCCUGGGACAGGUGACAGCUUGUUUCUUUCUUCCCGGGUUAUGGACACUUAUGGUUAUUCUGCUCCUGAGUACACUCGAGGGGAAGAUCUCACUGUCAAAUCAGACGUUUAUAGCUUUGGAGUUGUGUUGCUUGAACUCAUCACCGGUAGAAGAGCUAUUGACACCACUAAGCCUAAUGAUGAACAAAAUCUAGUUGCUUGGGCACAACCGAUAUUUAGAGAUCCGAAAAGAUACCCGGAUAUGGCUGAUCCCCUCAUGAAAAAGAAUUUUUCAGAGAGAGGGUUAAAUCAAGCAGUGGCAAUAACAUCAAUGUGUCUACAAGAGGAACCAACUGCUCGUCCUUUGAUAAGCGAUGUAACGGUUGCUCUUAGCUUCCUUUCAAUGUCUACAGAAGAUGGUAUUCCAACCACAAUUCCAAUGUCAUCUUUCAGAGACAAAAGUAUGUCCAUUGCUUUAAGUAGACACGGUUCUUGUUCUGUAACUCCUUUUUCUCUUCCUCGAAAAGAGGAAGACGACAACUCCAGCUCUUCAUCAGAAUCAGAAGAUGAAGAAGAAGAAAAAGAAAAAGAAAAAGAAUCAAUAAGAAGUAUGAAAAAACAAGAGAAGGAAGAAACAACGGCACAUUCAGAUGAUGAGUCUGAUUCAAACUCUGAUAAGGGUCAAGAAAAGGAACAUUCUCAGUUAGAGAAACCUAGAGACUCUAGCAGUUCCUCCUCUGACUCUGAAAGUGAUCAGAGAAGAUCUAUUCAUGAAACAAACGCAACUGCGCAGAGCUUGAAGAUAAAUUAUAGUUAUAGCUCUGAAGAAGAAGAUAACGAGAGGCCAAGCAGUAAAAGCAGCUCUAAAUCAAACGAAGAAAGCACGUUUUCGUGGCAUGGCAGUGAUAAAGAUCAUGCUGAUUCGUCUAGGAACACAAGCAUGCGAAUCAAUAGCCUUGCUCACGAUGAUUCAUCGAGGAACACAAGCAUGCGAAUCAAUAGUCUUGCUCACGAUGAUUCAUCGAGGAACACAAGCAUGCGAAUCAAUAGUCUUGCUCAUAAUGAUUCAUCGAGGAACACAAGCAUGCAAAUCAAUAGUCUUGCUCACGAUGAUUCAUCGAGGAACACAAGCAUGCGAAUCAAUAGUCUUGCUCAUAAUGAUUCGUCGAGGAACACAAGCAUGCGAAUGAAUAGCCUUGCUCAUGACGAUGAUGAUGAGGAAGAAGAGGAAGAGAAUCAUAAAACUCGGCUCGAGCAAAUUCAUAGCUCAAAAUCUGAAGACCAAAGUAUUUAUUCAGAUGAGGAAAGUGGUGGAUCGUCUUUGCAUCAGAUCGAACCAGAGGAAGAGGAACACAUUUCUUCUGAUCAUGAUUAAAUAUUUUCAAAGAGUUUUUUUCUCAGAAGUGGAUGAUCAAGAAAGCCAUCUAUGAACACAUUUGCAACAAGAAAACAACUUUUCGUUUUGAAACAACCCAAUUGUCAUAUAAAUCUAAUAUACGUCCACAAUAUCUUUUUGUGAAAUAUGAAACAUAAACACAA